CGUCCAGGUGUAAUAACACGGCUUGUAUAGAGAUAUCGUACAGACAUAAGGACGAGGAGCUACUAGUACACACCGAAACCUGAAUGGGUUUAUGGGCUUACAGAGGGUGCCACACUGCUGAUUUAAAGCUGGACAGCUUAUCUUUUGUGGACUUUUUACGGGUCAUAGGUUCAGGUAAACAUUCUGUACAAGGUGGUGUGGGUGUAGAAAGUCCAGAAGAGGGCCAGGACUACUACACAAAGGGGCCAGGAACAACACAAAAGGGUGGAACAUAUACAGGGCGAGUGUGGUGGAGGGCCCUCUAAACACCCUCAUCAUUACCUAACAUCCUGUGUACCUAGGCGUCAUCGACGGCCGAUAAAACACGGUGAUGGCAGAAUGUGAUCCGAAGUGAUAGUGAAGUUAUUGAAAAGUGAAUACAACAUAUUGACAUCAACAUUGUCAGAGAGUCGCCUGGACUAUACCACAGAGUGUUUAUUUACCCAAGACAAAUGUGAACCUUUAUGUAUGGAUCAAAAGGGAAACUUUUAUCUUACCGGUAGGUCUUUUUCCUAAUGUUGACAUUAGUAUGUGUAGGAGAUCUCAGUUUAGAUGUCGAGGUACAUCAUGGCAUUGAUGAAAUAAUCUUGUCAUUCAGAGGAAUUUCUUUUACACACAUAUGAAGUAUGUCCAGACUUUCGCUCAAACAUGUGUUUAGAUAUCUGUUAUCUGGGACAGAUGUGAACAGGUUUAUAGAGGAGAUGAAAGAGUGAGAGUAGCAGAUUGCUGAGUGACACACACACGCACAAGAAGUUUAUUGUGUGUCAAUGAAACUUUUUCUCUGGCCUUCAGCUACGCGAUACAGUGUUUUAUUGAACAUAUACACAACAGUUGCAUUGAUCAGGAGGCUGCGGAUCACCACAGUAUUUCUGUAGGGAGGGACCGCCAUAUUACACCUGGAUUGACUUGGAGGCUGUACGUUUGUAUUAUACCCGGAUUGUUUCGGAGGCUGGACCGUUAGUCCAUUGUCUACAGGGAGAGACCAAUUUAUUUCACCUGGAUUGUUUCGGAGGCUGGACCAAUUGUCUAUUGUCUAUAGGGAGAGACCAAUAUAUUUCACCUGGAUUGUUACGGAGGCUGGACAGUUUGUCUAUUGUCUACAGGGAAGGACCACUUACACCGGCACUGACUAUUUGACUGACCCCAAUGUAUUCUAACAUGUUUCCACCUGAGUAAUUGAGACAAAUGCCUAGGUGGUACAGUAGUACAGCUGCAGGUUAAAUAGCUGUACAAUAGGCUCAAAGUGGAAACAGUGUUAUCUAGGAACAAUUAACACACAGAUAUCGUGGUCACAGUAGUAGCAUAUGGGAGAGAUUAUAGCAGGGCACAGACAUAGGAGACCCCUGUUGUACCUUCACCGGAUCUUGUCCGUCUGAUAACAUACCUGUUUUACCUACGUGUGGCAGAUCGUCACCUGUUUUUGCUCACAUCAAAGAUGGAUUAGUGUGUGGGAUGUUAUGCCUGGUCUUACCUGAGUAUGUAUCAUAUACAUCAAAUAAUACUAGGCCGUCUAAAAACAAUCAAUACGGAGGUAGAUUGAUCUGGGAUUUGUACCUGACUUGUAUCUGUCGGCCUGAUUGAGAAGUUCCUAACUAUCUUUUUGUGGAGAUUUCCUGAUAAGACAACAACAUUGUGUCGACAUUGGGAUGGUUACAUAACAGUACUGUACUGGAGGCUGCACACAUAUACAAACGUAGCGUUUAGUGGAUAAACGCUCCGUUAUCAACACACUAUUUUUCGUAAUUACGGAUGUAAUAGGUUUAAUACUGGAUGUUUACAUUGAGUCAUGGAAAUUAGUAGCUAAUAAAAGAUCUCCAGCGGAGCUGUGAAAGAUUUUUAACUAACUAUGGAUAAAUGUCUGCCUAUCGGGGCAUUGGCACAUUCCUCUAGAUCCUCCAAAGCUAGCUCGGAGGAUGAAGUUACCUCCCCUAUCAUCCUUGAGGACCUAAGCCUUUUCUACCUCCGCCAGUUGGUGGCAAGUCUUAAGGACACAGACCUUCAGCAGAAAAUUGACCAUGAGGUUAAGAUGCGAGAGGGGACAGCCAAGCUGUUGGCUGCGACCAAACACCCCGCCCAGAUGUUGGAAGCCUCCCGAAAUCUUCUAACGUCCAACACUCGCAUCAUCGCGUACAUGACCGAGCUCCAGAAACGAAAGACGGCGGAGGUCCUCGGCAAAAACCUGUCUAUGGACGGUAACCAGGUCCCGUGUAAGGCCAAUCUUUGUGUGUCGGAUAUCCGAAUUCCUUUGAUGUGGAAGGAUACAGAUCACUUCAAGAACAAGGGAGAUUAUCGGCGUUUUGCAGUAUUUUGUUUGGUGAGGAUUGGGACGGAUUUGUAUGACACGUCGCUCAUCAGUAACGUGGACAGGAGUAUGACUGACCUCACCUUUGAUAAUGUCAUCAGUUUUGAAAAUGUUCCCCACAACUUUGAGUGUAAGUUAGAAGUGUACUGUCACAAACUUCACGAGGACCUCACCAUAGCCAGUACACCAAAGAAACUCCGCAAAAAAAUCAACGAUAUUUCUGGAUCGGUCGGGCGAAGUGUUGGCAAGCGAUUGUCAGGACUGAACGACGCCGACAUAAUAGGAAACAUGGUGCUAGGGCCAAGGUUUGAGUUGGUGGCAGAAGGAACGAUGGAACUUAAGGAUGUGGACGAUUCUGUGAGGACAUUUGAUCUCCAGCUUGUAUCAACAAAUCAGGCUUCAGACUCUGGAUGUGAGAUUCCCUUGUUCGGACACUACUGUUGUCGACUAGCAGCUCAGCCCGAGUGUCUCAUGACACCCGAGGUGACCGGCUACCUCAACAUCCAGGAGGAUGAUGAUCUAGCCAAGUGGAGGCGGUAUUGGUGUAUUCUUAAAAAUCUCCAGCUGUCCUGCUGGCUGUCUCCUAGCGACACAGAGGUCACUGACCCCCAGGUCACAGUACCUGUCACAAAGAAUACUCAGAUAAGUGAUGCCGACCCCAGAACGAGUGAGCGGUCGCACACAUUCCACAUCAAGACCGUCCAGCGACGAGGGACCUUCCAGCACACUCUAGCAGCUGACUCCGCUGAGGACCUCAGUAAAUGGUGGGACGGACUACAGCAGCAUCUGUUAGACCAAGCGUUCUGGAAGCAUGCCUGUGAACAUGUGAUGCCACUGAAGAGGACUUCCCCGAGAAAGAAGCCUGCCUUCCUAAGGAAAGGCUCCUUAUAUGAAGACACGCCUAUUGAAGAAACUACUCCAGCAAAGACAACUCAUGUCAUAAGGGACCUGGGGAUGGAAGAAGAUCAGCUCAGCAAAAUGUUACACACACUCAUGGGAGAGGCCAAACAAAUAAGGGGAGAUGACUCUAGAAAAUCAUCGUCGGCUAGUGUGAGCUAGCUGUUACUGAACUGCAUCAUCAUUUAAACAUUAUCAAAAGUGCUAUAAGACUUGAGUGAUGUGAAAAUCUAGAAUUCCAGAAUCGUAACUCUGGUUUAGAAAAGGUUGAAACAGUUCACCGUAAGCCUUUAGCCUCGGGGAAAAUGCACAUUACCUGUAAAAGUGUUCACAUUGAAAUGGCUCAAUCAGACAUUUAAUUCAAUGAACCGGAUAACAUUUAUAUGAAAAAACAUUGACCCUGCUGGAUGAAGUGGGAUUCAGACUAUGGAAACAAGUUAAACAACUAACAUUCUUAAGUGAUCCUUUGCGGACCAACAACAGGUACUGGUACCGUACACUAUACAUGAAACCUCCCCACCCCGGGGAACAAGACCACAGGUACUGGUACCGUACGCUAUACAUGAAACCUCCCAACCCCGGGGAAUGAGUUGACAUGUUCUUCCACACCACGUGUACAUGUAGUUAGACCCCACACUCUGUGUUGUGUGCUGAUGUAUCGUUGUUAGCUAGUCAGGACGGCCGAGAGAUUGUACUGUUAUAUGUAGAAGUGACAUAUCCAUCAUUUCCCACCCUCAAGCAGCAUUGUAAGUGUCUUACAUGUUAUAGUUAUAUAGAUGACAAGCAUUUUAAAUCACAAGCUUUAAAACAUUUCAGGCAUUCUAAAUUGAAUAUAAUUUUCAGCCAAUUUUAUCUAUGGCUGAAUAAAUAAUGUUUUGAGUAAAUAUGAUGUUGUUAUAUCUAAGGGCCUAUUAAACCAUGAAAUAUAGUUUUAUUAGGUUCUCUAGAAAUUCCUUUUUGUCCGAAAGUGACUAUUUUAUAAAGCUUUUUUUUUAUUUAUAUUUUUUUUUAACAAAACAAGUUUUUAUGAAGGCUGUCUGAAGGAAAACAUCAGGUAAUUAAAUGUUGAUACUUGUGGAUAACAAGAUCUGAGAUACAAAGUAGCAUUGAUUGCUGAUUGCUGGAUUAAAACUAACAGCAGACAGUUAGCUGAUUUUGAUUUCUCAAGAGAAUGAUGCCUGAUAUGGGAGGAAUGUUGGAAUAACUCGUUUUGAAAUGUAGCCUUUUCAUCCUAAUAUGUUAUUUUUGUUAAAAAAGUGGAAUAUUUAUCAACAUGCACAUGUGCUUCUGCAGCUUACAAUAAAAUAUCACUUUUGUUACUGAAAGCCAACUCUGUCACUCUCAACUAAAACUUUUGGUGUACUUUUUAUUUGGAGAAUAGCAUGGGUAAUCUCCCCUUGUAUUGGCAUUGUUAAAAUCUUGACUGAAUGUCAAAGUUUCAAAACACUCAUACAAUAAUAUAUGUCAAAAAGCUUGUUUAAUUGACAAUAAUGUAUGUCAAAUAGCUUGUUUAAUUGACACGGUCAGUUAAUUGAAACUGCGUGUCAGACAAAAAUAAAACUAAGUUCUAGGAAAGCUGUCAUUGUGUGUUAUUAUCAUACGGAGAGAUAACAUUGUUAUCUAGUGCUGACAGAGCCGGAUGUAUUUAUUUACUUUUACCAGAUUUUAUGUUUAUCAUUGUUUUUUGAUAUUUUGUGAUGACAGUGGAGUUCUGUGUUUUAUUCUUGCAUCAGCUGUACAUUGUCAGGUCUCAACAAUAAGGGUACCCUGAUAGUCUGAGACUAGUGAAGUCUCCAGCUGGCCUACUUCAGGGCUAGACAAUAAGGGUAUCCUGAUAGUCUGAGAUUAGUGAAGUCUCCAGCUGGCCUACUUCAGGGCUAGACAAUAAGGGUACCCUGAUAGUCUGAGACAAGUGAAGUCUCCAGCUGGUCUACUUCAGGGCUAGACAAUAAGGGUAGCCAAUAGUCUGAGACUAGUGAAAUCUCCAGCUGCUUGACUCUAAUGGUUCCAAAACAGCUAGCCUGAUUGACUUGUCAAAAUUUGAUGUUAUGUUAAAUAAUGUUGAGUUUGUGGAAUUUGCACAUAAGAAAAUUUGAAACUUCUAGCCUGACUGACUAGCGGUUUUUCAAUCUAUUUCGUAGCCCUACAUUGAGUAUUGGAAUAAAAGGGGGAAGUUAUGUCUCAUCUGUACUACCUCUCAUCUCAAACAGUGAAGGCAACUUAAGUGUUUCCAUAUAUUUGACAUAAUGAUAUAUGGAAGCAAACAAUUUUUCGUUUAACAGAGAGAACAAAUAUUUGGCAAAAUACAACUUAACAGGAGUGAGCUGUGUUUAUAUUUAUAGCAUUGAUGAGCAUGAUAGGGUCCCGGUUGCAGAUGUGAGUUAGUGGUAGUGUAACAUUACACAAAGCUGCUAACAAAACACGUCUAUGAUGUCCGGCCCCAUUCAGGGUUGUACUCUAGAACACUCGAGACCUGGAAUUUAUCUAUUUCCUUCUUUAGGACAGAAAUGCGGACAAUAGAGAGGACCAAUAAUGUCUAUUGGAAUAGGAUUUUUGCAAAAAAUAUAUAAAGCAUUUUAAAUUCAGUAUGUAUAAAUAGAUUAAACAAUCAAUGUCAUUUUACAUUAAUUUAUAUUCUGCAUAUUAAUCAGGCCAUUUCAAAAACCUACUGUUCAUAAAAGUUUCAAUAACCAUGAUCAUGGUUGAAUGAAUAUUUAAUUUAAGCACA